AUGAAGACAUCAUCCGUUCUUUCUUUAGCGGCCCUUUCCGCAUCAGGUGUUGUGGCCAAACCAAUAUUUAGGACUGAGGGAUUCAAGACUGAGGUGGUCCCAAGGGAUGUUGAGGGAAUAAAAUCGAUCGUUGGGAAGGUGUCCGAUGCCAUCGCGAAACUCGAUAAAUCUAUCAAGGCCUUUGACGGCUCCGACAUUAAUGGUGUAGAAAAUAACGCCAAGGACCUCGUCAAACUCCUCAACGAUGGUGGGAAAGAGCUAACGAAGGGCAACAAUGAGCUCUCAAUAGUCGACCUAGUUGGACUGACGGAAGUUGUAACACCUCUGGGCCCCGCGGCUGAGGGACUACUCAACGAUGUGACGGAUAAGAAGAAGGAGUUUGAGAAAUGGGCGUUGUGCUCUGUCGUUGGUGGUGCUGUCCAGGACAUUGGAGGUGCUGCUAAGUCUCUCGUUGACGGUGUGGUCAAGCAGUUCCCUAAGGAAGGACAAGACGUCGCACAAGGAGUUGCCGACCAGGUCGUAAACAAGCUGUCUGGCCUGGUUGGCCAGUUUGCACCCGACAACUGCAAGGACGCGAAGGAAAAGCCAAAGCCUUCCGACGGCGGAUACGUCGUCAUUGAGACCACCGUCACGACCACCACACCCUGCUCUACCCACCCCACCGAGACUCCUACCCAGGCUCCCUCUUCGACACCAUGCGAUGAGAACACGACGGUAGAGAUCACUAUCACUACCACAACCCCAUGCAGCACGACUGAGACCCCCAAGGAGACACCCCCGCCGGAGCAAACUCCUACCAAAAGUAGUAGUACACCCUGCUCAGAAACCCCUAAAGGAACUGAGCCUCCGAAGGAUACUCCUAAGGAAACCCCUCCUCCUCCUAUGGAAACUCCCAAGACAACCCCUCCCCCUCCCAUGGAAACUCCUAAAGAGACUAAGCCCCCUAAGCAAACCGAACCGCCUAAGGAGACUACUAUUGUAAGCAGCAGUAGUACGCCAUGUUCAGAAACCCCUAAAGGAACCGAGCCUCCCAAGGUGACCCCUCCCCCUCCUAUGGAAACUCCUAAGGAGACUAAGCCUCCUAAGGAAACCGAACCGCCAAAAGAAACCCAUCCUGUAAGCAGCACACCAUGCUCAGAGACUCCCAAGGGAACAGAACCGCCUAAAGAGACUCCCAAAGAAACUAAACCCCCUAAGGAGACUCCUCCUGUAAGCAGCAGUACACCGUGCUCAGAGACCCCUAAAGGAACUGAGCCUCCGAAGGAUACCCCUAAGACAACCCCAACCCCUCCUAUGGAAACCCCUAAGACGACCCCGACCCCUCCUAUGGAAACCCCUAAGACGACCCUGACCUCUCCUAUGGAAACCCCUAAGGAGACCAUGCCUCCUAAGGACCCUCCUAAGGAGACCCCUCCCCCUCCUAAGGACACUCCUAAGGAGACUCCUCCUACCGUCAUCAAGAGCACUGUCACUGACACCGCUCCUUGCUCAUGCGAGACCAAGAGCACCACAACUCCCGUUGAGCUCGUCACUGUCACCACCACGACUCCUUGCUCGACUUCCUCCGUGGUCACCCCUCCCCCGGCUUCUUACCCCAUCUACACCCCGAUCGUCAGCGCCAACACGACUUCCACACCCCUCCCCGCCGGCACUGUCCCGCCUAAGCCGAACACUCCCAUCCCCACCGCCGGCGCUGUCGCCCAAGUCGCCAGCACUGGCGCUACCGGCCUUAUCGGACUUCUCGCCGCCAUCUUCCUCCUAUAA